UUUUUUUCCCUCUUUUUCUUCUUCUUUUGUUUUCAAAAAAACAAAAUAAAAUCUCUUACGGGUUGUUUUUGAUAUUGAAAUAAAAUAAGAGAGAACUUUUUUUUUUUAUAAAAAAAAAUAAAUUGAAAAUAUGACUUCACACGAAACACGCUCAGCACAUACAACAAGGUCUAAAAGUUCUGCUUCUGAACAAAACGAUAUUAAGAAACUCAGGUCGAAAUACUCUGCAAAAUUACCUACGCUUAAAGUUCUAUUCUCUGACUGGUCAGACGAUGACCUUUUAUUUGUUUUGGAAGAAGCUAAUGGCGAUCUGGAUUUAACCAUAGACCGAAUCAGCGAAGGCCACGCUAGUCAAUGGGGUGAAGUAAAGACCAAGAAAUCUAAAAAAGAAGCACAAAAGGCAAAGGCUGCCACUACAGGAGGAGUCUCUUUACAUCAACAACAGAGUACUACAACACCAUACCGUGAACCCAAGAGCACACAACAAGCAAGAACAUAUAAUAAUGACCGAGCCAAUCGACCUGGCAAAGCAGCAUCCAAUACACGCACACGUACAUCAAAGACACAAAGCUCUCUCCAAUCUGCAUCUUGGGAUAGUCAACCCAAAUCUAAUUAUAAUGAAGUCUCCUCUGGCUCUUGGGCGUCUAUUGCCUCCUCAAAGCAACCAUUACCAGAUGACAAUGCUUUUAGCACUCAUGAGGCAUGGAGCGCCCCUAAUGACACGACUGUAAAUGAUGACUGGGCUCCUAUUUCUUCUAACAAGGCUCAUGAUGAUCAUGAAGACCAACCAAAGACUUGGGCAAGUCUUCUCAAAUCAAAGCCUAAACCUGAAGAACCUGUCUCUACCAAUACCAACGAAAACAACACUCAUCAUAAUAACAACAAUAACAACAACAACAACAACAACAGCAAUAACUUUACUAGCGAAUGGGAUGCCCCUAAUACUACAAACGAAUGGAAAGCAACAGAAACAACUGAUGGCUGGAACGAGCCAGUGGUUGAUGAAUGGUCUACCCCUGUUCACGAAUCAAAACCUGCUGCUGCUGAAUCAAGUACUGUGGUGGAGGAACAACCCUUAGAAGAACAAGAAACUAAAGAAGAAGAAAAGAGCACUGACACCAUGAGUGGUCGCCUUCAUCAUCAAGAAGAACCUGUGGUGUUGCCCUCUUCUGCUGCUAUCUCUUCUUUGGAUGUUAAGUUUGGUUCUUUGAAUGUGGAUGAAGACACCAAUGCUUCUCAUGAAGAUGUUACAAAAGAUACGACAACUACUACUCCUCCUCCUUCCAAUGAAGAAUCCGUUGCACAAGCUGAUCUUUCAGCUAAUGCCACAAGCACUGCUCCCGCUGCUGCUUCUACUACAUCUCCUGUUGCUGCCCCUACAGCUACUACUGCCACUGCUCCCGCAACCACUACUACUUCUGCACCCAUCUCUAAUGACACUUUUGGUCAAUCCAACUACCUCAAGCAACAAGAACCUGCUUAUAACAACAAUCAAUCUACCCUUCCUCCUCAACAACAACAGCAGCAACAGCAACAACAACAACAACCCCCUCAACAACAACAACAACAACAACCCCCUCAACAACAACCUCCUCAACAACAACAACAACAACAACAACAACAACAAAUUCCUCAACAACAACAGCAACAGCAACAAAUUCCUCAAACAAUGCCUCAGCAACAAUUUGGUAUGGACCACCUUACUUCCGCUUACAGCUCUUACUUGCCUAACCAACCACCCACCGGUGUUUCUGGUUUUGGCAUGAACCCUAUGGGCAGUUUACCUGAUUAUAGCAUUUAUGGUACUGAAGCUCAAAGAGCUGCUGCUAUGGGCUACUAUGAUCCUACUGCUUAUAGCCAUUCUCCUUCUGUCACUUCUGCUAGUGUUUAUCAAUCCCGUGAUAAAUACAGCCAAGAUGGUCUUCAUGGCCAAAGUAGCCAAGGUGCCAAUAUGCCUCAACAACAAAUGUACCCUACUAACUUGCCUUAUUACCAAUACUACUACAUGCCUAACCAAUUCAAUGCUUACCAACAAUCUGCUUACGGUCAACCCUUCAUGAACAAGAGCAUGUACCCUAGUAUGUACCAACAACAACAGGCUCAACAACAAGCUCAACAACAAGCUGGUAAGCCUUCCACGACCACCACAGGUGCUAGCGCUUCUCCUUAUGGCAGUGCUGCUUCUCCUUAUGGUCAACAAUCUCAACUCUAUAGCCAUCAAUACGAUGAUUUAGGCAUGGGAUUAAAUGACUAUCAAAAAUCCAUGUACAGUCAACCUCAAUUACAGAGUUUCCUUGGUAACUUGCAGCAACCCCCUCAGCAACAACAAGCACAACAAAAGUCAAGUGACUUGAAUGCUAGAAAUACUACCACGGCUAGCGCUACUGCUUCUACUGCUGCUGUCACUCCUCAACAACAACCCCAGCAACCUCAACACCAUCAACCUCAACCUUAUGCUGGUAAUUAUUUCGGCCAACCUCAAAUGUUCUCUUAUGGUCAAUAUCCUCAACACCACCAAUUCCAACAAAUGCCUCCUCAACAGCAGCAACAACAACAACAAACACCUACUCGUCAACAACAAUAUUGGAAUCAAUAAAUUCCCCUCCUCCCUUUUUGUGUGUG